AUGGCGGCGGCGGUGAAGCCUUCAUCGUCUUUGGAGUGGAAGCGCAUCAUCCAUGCUAUGCGAGAUCCAGGGCGGAGCGAGUACUCGUUCGUUCCGCACAAAUACAUCCAUUCCACGCCAAUCCUGUCCCCGACGCCAGACAACAUGCAGUGGAACAUGCUCGACCGACGAGAUUCGGUGCACUACAGUGCCGUCAUGUACUGGUUCAUCCUCAUCGUGUUGCUCAGCUUCAUGUGCGUCGAGUGGGUCCUACUCUAUCCGCUGUCGCCCUCGCGACUGUACAACAUCCAAGUCGACAUGUGCGACGGCCGCGUGAACCUCGCCGAGUUCUUGUUCCAGCAGAUCCUUCCACUAGGCAUGCUCCUGGGUUCGUUGAUCACGUUCAAGCUUGCCUUGGGUCGGGCCACGAUGCUCGAGCUCGCCGCCAUUAAGUCAGCGACGACGACUUCCGGGGCCGCGCACUCACCGCGUCGCAGCUCUUCUGCAUGCUCGGCGGCCACAUGGUGUACAUUGGCGUAG